AUGACCUUGGCCGGCGAGCUAUUGAAGGAUGCCACAGCGGCCAGGAAGACUUGGAGCGAACGCCAGACAGAGAGAUUCGCCAAGGCGUGCCAGAAGCGGGUGCGGGACAGCCAGGGCUUCGAGACCAGCGCCAGCCUGAAGGUUCUUGCCCCAGCCCAGACACGUCAGGGUGCCCAGAAGGCCGCGCAGGAACUGAAGCGAAGCCUGGAUGCGCAUGGCUUUGCUGCCUCCGACGUGCAGGUGGAGGCUUUGGCAAAGGGCAUGAUCUUCCGUCUCUCAGUUCAGGCUUCCUGGGUGAGGGAUGAGCCUCAGAAGACCGAGACUGGUGGAUUUCGUGGGCAGUGCCCCGUCUGCCUUGGCUCGAAGGUUCUCGUGGCCCUGGCUCCUUGUGGUCACACUGUGUGCCAUCAGUGCAAGGGCAAGCUUCCAGCUGGCAGGAAAUGCCCGAUGUGCCGCUCUGUUGUGGAGCGGGUGACGGCUGGAAUUUUUGUGUCAUGA